AUGCCGGUGUUAUCGUCGAGCGACGAUGAGAUACCUCUGGCGCAGCGCGCGUCGGUGCCGGCGCCGCCGGCGCGCGCGCCGUCGACGCACGCGCAGGUGACGACGAAUGUGAAUCCGAAUCACAAUCGAAGUGUGGAAAACAAAUCGCAGAUCGAGCGUCCCGUCGCUGCGCCCGCCCCGCCGGCGACGAAACCGACGGCGGAUGAUGGGUCGAGCGACGAUGACGACGUGCCGCUGGCGCAGAGAGGGGUGAAGACGGAGGGGGUGAACGGGAGCGGGCACGCGGCGAAGCCGCCGGCGGUGACGCAGGCGGCUAAGCCGCCUACGGUGACGCCGAAACCGAUGCUCGGAGGCGGUUUUAAGAUGAGUAAGAGACCGGUGACACUACCGGCGAAGCCGAGCUCGCGAUUGGACAGCUCGAGCGACGAAGUGGACUCGAGGUCGCUCGCGGUGAGGCGCGAGGGUUUGGAACGGGAGCGUCGAGAGCGCGAAGAAGAGGAGCGCAGACGAAAGGCGCUCAAGCGAGCGAAGAUGGAAAGGAUCCACGCGCGAGCGUUGGAGUUAGAGAAGCUGGAGAAGGCGGCGAAGAAGGCAAAGCUCAAGGCGAAGCGAGCGAAGAUGGAGCGCUCGGACCGUCCUAAAACAGAGGUGAAGCGACCAAAGAUAAACCGCAGCGAAGGCUACGUGAAGAAGGGUGCGGUGAUCAUGUGGAAGACGCUCGAGCAUAACGGCGUCGUUUUUCCGCCUCCGUACGAGCCGCACGGCGUUCCACUCACGUACGAUGGUCAGGAUGUGAAGCUUCUGCCGCACGAAGAGGAAAUCGCUGGUUUCUUUGCCGUCAUGAAGGACACGGAUUACGCUCAAAAGGCCGUCUUCGUGAAGAACUUUAUGGAUGGGUUUAAAGAGGCCCUAGCGAACGGACCGCACGCGUUCAUCACGGACUUCCGAAAGUGUGACUUCACGAAGAUGUACAACCAUUUUGCGAAGAUUCGGGAGGAGAAGAAGCAGAUGACCAGCGAAGAGAAGAAGCGCAUCAAGGCCGAGAAGGACAAGGCUGAGGAGAUGUACACGUGGGCAACGAUCGACGGUAGACGUGAAAAGGUCGGCAACUUCCGCAUCGAACCUCCUGGUUUGUUCCGAGGUCGCGGUGAGCACCCAAAGAUGGGAAAGAUUAAGCGACGCGUCAUGCCGGAAGACAUCACGAUCAACAUAGGAAAGGACGCGAGAGUGCCGCCGCCGCCGCCCGGACACUCGUGGAAAGCGGUCAUUCAUAACGACACCGCCACUUGGCUCGCAGGCUGGAAUGAUGUGAUCAACGUCAAAGAUUGGAAGUACGUGCAAUUUGGCGCCACGUCCACCGUUAAGGCGGAGAGCGACCAAAAGAAGUACGAAAAGGCUCGAUCGCUGCAUAAGUUCAUCGAGAAGAUUCGCGCCGACUACAAGAGGAACAUGCAAAGCGAGUCGAGAGAGAUGGCUCAGCUCGCGGUAACGACGUAUCUGGUGGAUAAACUCGCCCUUCGUGCGGGUGGUGAAAAAGACGAAGAUCUCGCCGACACUGUCGGUGUCUGUACGCUUCGCGCCGGUCAUAUCAAGUUUAUGGAGGACAACGUCAUCGAAUUCGAUUUCCUCGGUAAGGAUUCCAUUCAAUAUCUGCAACAGCACAAGAUCGAUGAAGUCGCGUACAAGUGCCUCCAGCGUUUUGUCAAGGAUAAGGGUCCGGAUGUGGACAUCUUCGAUUUGAUUGAUCCGUCCAAGGUGAACGCGCACCUUCAAACUCUCAUGCCUGGUCUCACGAUCAAGGUGUUCCGUACUUACAAUGCGUCCAUCACCCUGGAUUCCUUGCUUGCGGACACUGAUACGAACCUCACGACGCUUCAAAAGAAGGCCAAGUACGACGCCGCUAACAAGGAGGUGGCCAUCUUGUGUAACCACCAGAAGGGCGUGAGCAAGGCGCACGACGAACAAAUGGGUAAGUUGAACGAUAAGAAGAAGGAUCUCGCAAAGCAAAUCACCGAUAUGAAGAAGAACAAGGACGACAAGAACCAAAAGAAGAAGCUUACCGCACUCAAGGAGCGGGCAGCUAAGUUGGCGAUUCAAAUGGAAAUGAAGGAAGAAUUGAAGACUGUGUCUCUCGGCACAUCGAAGAUUAACUACCUCGAUCCAAGAAUCACGCUUUCUUGGUGCAAGCGUCACGAAGUACCGCCUCCCACGGUGUUUACCAAGGCUCUGAUCGACAAGUUUCACUGGGCAAUGGAUUGCGACAUGGACUUCAAGUUUACCGAACCGAAAGCGACAGAUGCAAGGCCGUCGUCUGGAGGCGGUGGAGGCAACGACGACGACGACGACGAAUGA